CAGUCGUGGUGCGUGUUUAAGCUUAUGGCUCCUUGGCUGAGCAGCCCUAGCAGCACGAACCGCUGACCAGCUCAUGUUUCAACUGGUCUUGGCAACUUUUCUUUUUUCUUUCUUUCUUAUACCUCCCUUUUAUGUAUAUUUAAUAUACAUAAACCUCCUUCAUCCUUACAUACUCAUCCUUCACAUACUAGGUAAAACCAACCCAAAUGGAACAAAAAUAGCUGGGCCUCAUGUGUUCCAUUCACACGUCCCCAGCCCUCCAUCAGACGCCUGGUUGCUACGGCAACACAAGGUGCUGAGUCUGCGCCGCUGGGCCGUCCUGGCCAACAGCCCCAACAACAACAACAACAACGGCAGCCUGAGCCAGCCGGCCCCCGGGCCCCUGGCCAGACCCUCGGAGCAGCUCAGCUACCUGGCCGCGGUGCAGGGGUUACAGGUGGAAUACAAGGACUUCCCCAAGAACAAUAAGAACGAGUUUGUGUCGCUGAUCAACUGCUCCUCCGUGCCGCCCCUCCUCAGCCACGGCAUCGGGAAGGACGUGAGCUUCUGCCACGACAUGGCGGCGCGGAACAUCCUCAAGCUCCUCUCAGAGUCUGACCAGCAGUCCAGCGACCGCUCUGGCAACGCACCAACCUCUGGGUCUGGCAAGCAGGAGAUGGAGGCAGAGUCGCUGCUGCUGCAGCAGGCGAACCCCAGCCCCAUGGCACAGGCGGUGGACGGCAGCGCGUAGUCGACCACCGCGGCGCCCCCGGUCGGCUCGCGGGGCUCGACAGCGGAUUGACACUGUGUUUUUAGGCCCUUUUUUGUAGAGGAACUAAAACCUUCACACGGGAGACGACAUAGGCUCGGGGAAAAUCCCGUCGUUCACGUUCCCGUCGUUCCACAUAAAAAAAAAAAUGAAACGUUCGGUAAAACAAGAUUGAUAGAAAACGGGAUGUUGCUUCCUUCUCCCCUGGCGAUGUUUUAUUGUACACCUUAUUUAUUCUUUUGUUUUUUUUUCCUUUCAAUGCUUUGUGGAAGAAAAUAACUGCUGCCUCCCCCCCAGUCGAAGAAAUGGGCAUUUGCUUUCCUGAACUAGAAUGAGAUAUUUUACUGUGAAGAAAAAGGGUGUCUCUUUUCUCGUGGUUGCUUUGAACUAGAAGUUGUUUUGUUACCUAACCCACCGGGAACGUCUUUUCUCUGGCCGUUAUUUUUCAAGUGUGUCACGUUGUUAACGCUCCCCCCCCCGGAGAGAUGUGUUCCCCGGACCUCUAGGCGGCAGCUAGGGGGAACCAACGCCUCAUGUUUCGGUUUCGCCCCCGCCAUUUCGUUUCCAGGGUGCUCUGCCCCCCGCCAGUCGAGUGUUUAUCCUC